AUGAAACUGAUAUUCACUGUCAACUUCGGGAAACGAAAGAGAGGUAUCCGUGACUGGAGUGCCUUAGGCAAACUCCUUGACAAGGUCCAAGCCUACUCCACUGCUGGAGGGAAGGUGUGGCUGUCUGUUCUCUUCAUUUUUCGAAUCCUGCUACUGGGGACAGCAGUUGAAUCAGCUUGGGGUGAUGAGCAGUCUGCCUUUCGUUGCAAUACCCAACAACCUGGUUGUGAAAACGCCUGCUACGACAAGUCUUUCCCAAUCUCUCAUGUGCGCUUCUGGGUCCUGCAGAUCAUAUUUGUGUCCGUACCCACACUCUUGUACCUGGCUCAUCACAUAGUGUUCUAUGUGAUGAGAAAAGAAGAGAAACUGAACAAGAAGGAGGAGGAGCUCAAAGUUGCCCAAACUGAUGGGGUAAACAUGGAGAUGCACUUGAAGCAGAUUGAAAUAAAGAAGUUCAAGUAUGGCAUCGAGGAGCAUGGUAAAGUGAAGAUGCAAGGAGGGCUGCUGAGAACCUACAUCAUCAGUCUCCUCUUCAAGUCUGUCUUCGAAGUGGCCUUCUUGCUGAUCCAGUGGUACAUCUAUGGAUUCAGCUUGAGUGCUGUCUACACUUGAAGAGAUCCCUGCCCACAUCAAGUGGACUGCUUCCUCUCUCGCCCCACAGAGAAAACCAUCUUCAUCAUCUUCAUGCUGGUGGUGUCCUUGGUGUCUCUUGCCUUGAAUAUCAUUGAACUCUUCUAUGUCUUCUUCAAGGGCGUUAAGGAUCGUGUGAAGGGAAGGAGUGAUCCUUACCACGCUACCACUGGCCCACUGAGCCCCUCAAAAGACUGUGGAUCUCCAAAAUAUGCUUAUUUCAAUGGCUGCUCUUCACCAACCGCUCCGUCACCUAUGUCUCCUCCUGGGUACAAGCUGGUUACUGGCGACAGAAACAAUUCUUCAUGCCGUAAUUAUAACAAGCAAGCAAGUGAGCAAAACUGGGCUAAUUACAGCGCAGAACAAAACCGAAUGGGGCAGGCAGGAAGCACCAUCUCUAACUCCCACGCCCAGCCUUUCGAUUUCCCGGAUGACAACCAGAAUUCUAAAAAAAUCGCUGCUGGACAUGAACUACAGCUACUAGCCAUCGUGGACCAGCGACCUUCAAGCAGAGCCAGCAGCCGUGCCAGCAGCCGACCUCGGCCUGAUGACCUGGAGAUCUAG